GAGAGACCUCAAACCACGAUUUAGAAGCAGAACAAACAAAAAAACAAAAAAAAACAAAGGCAAAAAAAGAGUAAGAGAAGAUGGAGAAGCAGUUGGAUGAAACCGUGGAGACUGCUCAUGUGGAACGAGGCAUCCGAGAGUCAUCACCCGAGAAAAAGAAAGAAAAAUCCCAUAAACAUAGAGGAAUAUUCCACCUCCACCAUCACUCAAAAGAUGAGAAAGAGGAAGACAAGAAGAAAGAGGGAUCAAAGAGAGAGAAGAUAGCUGCAGCGAUGGUUGGUCUCGGAGCCACCCUCAAGAAGAUUAAGCCUAAGGGCCGCCAUGGAGGCGGUGGGAACCAGGAAGGAGGAGGAGAAGAGGAGGAGGAAGAAGAAGAAGAACAAGAAGAACAAGAGGAGGAAGAAGAAGAAGAAGAAGAAGAAGAAGAAGAAGGAGAUGAUGGUGGGGAUGAAGAAGGGGGAGGCAAGUUUAGUGCUUUCAUUUCCAUGAUCGCUGAAGCAUUUGAAGAAUAAGAUUCUAUCUUGUGUUCGUUUUGUUUGCAAAUUUUAAAAAUGUGAUGUUCAAUUACAAAAUGGAGAAACUUAAGUGUUCA